AUGGCAUCCUCGCCGUCGGGCGCAUCAAUAGAUACCACCGAAGCACAAACACUUCCUACUCUGACAACUUUCCUGAGAGACGUGCCGCCGCAGCUUGUUGUGCUUCUUGCGGAACUUGGUCCACACAUUGCAGCUAUACGCAGGGUAGCAGAGGCGGCGAGCUGGAAAUCUGAACAUGCUGAUAGUUGGAUUCUUUUGGGUUUAUGGUGGGCUGUGUGCCUACUAUCGGAAUUCACGUUAAGAUAUUUUCUUAUUAUUGCUGUUGGCACGAUAUAUGUCUAUUUAUCCUUACGACCCCCUACGAAAUCACGACCACCUGUGACGGAACAAAAUUUGCAAGCAACAGUCAUCGAUCUUUCCGUCAUUGAAGCUUUGCUACCAACUCUACCUCGGCCGUAUCCAUUACAAUUGAAUGUCCUGGCACGGCUUGUCGCUCUUGCUUAUCUUCCCUCUCUCGCUCUGACCUACUUUGUGCGGCUCAAAUUUCUACUGGGAGUAUUUGGAACCAUUGUUUUCAUUUGGAGGGCACACUGGGCAGCUCACGUCAGAGAAGCGGUCUGGCGUAGCGCUUGGUUCCGACGAGGUCUUGCUCGUGUAUGGUCUUUAUUAUCAGGCCAGCCUUCUCAACCUGUCGUAUUGUCGACGUCUUCCUUGUUACGGACUCUGGACACGUCGCAUUCUGUGCGCUUUCUCAUCACUGUCUACGAGAAUCAACGCUGGUGGGUUGGUCUAGAUUGGACAGCGGCCUUGCUGCCAAGUGAGCGCCCGCCAUGGUGCUCUGCCUCUCUCGAGCCUAUACAACCUCCGAGUGUGUUUGCUCUCCCGCCCCCUACAUGCUCAUUCGUGGGCGAUGGCAAAGGGGGACUGGUCAAACGAACGGCAACAUGGAAUUGGGACGAAGGUGAAUGGAAAGUCUCCGUAAAGAAGGACUUAGGCCUAAAAAGGGUGGAGAAAGAGCUUCCUGCACUGAAGGAGGACACGACGCAGCAUGCGAAUCGUGUUGGCAAGGCGAAACAGAAAAUAUAUGAGACUGGUCAGAAGUUAAAAACUCAUCGAGAUAGCGAUAGCAAAGAUGUUGACGAAGUCGCAGAGGAUGACACGGAUCCCACCGAGGCUGAAUCUACCUUACAGGAAGCCGACCCGGACGAACAAAUAACGGAUAAUGACGGGUGGGUAUACGGCGAUAAUAAAUGGAAGGCCUUCAGUGGUAGCGGUGGUCUUGGAAAGUAUACACGAUUCAGGAAAUGGACGAGAGUGGCACUGCUAACGGAAGUAGUCGAACCUGCUUCAGCAGUCGAGGCACACACGUUCGCAGCUGAACAGCAAGAAGCAUACUCGACUGCUCUUAGAGAAAGACAAGCAAGCGUGAGCAGUAGGCGGUCAUUAAGCGACAGUCGACGCUCAAUUGACGAGCAGCGCGAUGGGGAAGACGAUCGAGAUUCUAAUGGACUGCGCCAGCGACUGAAAGCGGCGCUGCGAAAAUCGUCGAUGACCGUGUAAUACUGGACCUUGUCACGUUCAUUGUACUGCGUUUUUGUUGUAACUGCUUGGGUAUUAUCAUUUUAUAAUGUGUAUUUCAUGUUUUGGGAAAGGUUUAUUAUGCGUUUCAAACUUAGCUGAUCAAACAGACGUUGCAGACUAAUACAGAAACCGAUAUUCACCGAUCCAUCGAAAGGAUUGGUUUAAC